ACUCUAGUCGCAAUCAGUUGACAAAGCCUAAUCAAAUCAAAAUGCAUUUCACCUCUAGUCUUCUGUUCAUUGGACUGGCUUGUGCCUUCUCGAGUGCCUGGGCUUAUCCCUAUCCUGAUCCCCGAGAGAUUGUGAAUGUGCAGCCUGAGCCCCUGGCAUAUGCUCCCAAUUUUGAUGUGCCCUUGCACAGAGUGCGUCGGAAGAUCCAUUUGACUAGCGAUGGCGGUGAUGGCCUAUGGUCGGCAUAUUAUAUAAGCCCGGAUGGACGUCGCGUUCGGGUGAGCCGAAGCAGACCCAGUGGCCCUAAGCUCCUUCAGUGGGGAGCCGGUAGAGUGAAGCAACAUUUCACCGAGAGAAGCUGCAUCCCACUUAUUUCAUAGCCCGAUUUGAAACGCCUUUGCCCCGGUUCUCAAACUAGCUGAUUAGAGCCCGAUAAGGCCGACACUAAAAGAAGGCUAUCAAAAUGUGUUUGCACGUUCAUUCUUUUAAAAAUUGGGAUUAUUUGUAUUGAUAUGGAAUAUAUUUAUAAUGUAGAAACAUACAAUUUAAUACAA